AUGCCGACUCGAUUACGCCUCAUAUAUCUGAUCGCGGGUGCCCUUGUCCUGUUCGCAUUCUUGCACCUUUUUCAGGGUCCCGAACUCAGCCCCACCUCUGCAUUUUUGCCACGGGAUACUGCCGGGAACAACACGUUAGGAUUUCAACAAAUCUUCGCCUUGUCACAACAUCCCUCAUGGCGGACGCGGGGCCUUGAUGCCGCAGCAAACCUCACGGGCCUUCAGAUCACGAUCCCCCCACAGCCACCAGUGGACGAUCGUCUGGUGGAAGCAUUUGCAAACAUCCAGGGCGACCCAUGGGACACCCAGCAUCCGUCGCCCGGGGCCAGCAAAGCUUGGCUCGCGCAUCUGGACUUGCUCAAGCACGUCUACCAAUCCGAGAUUGAGACGGCCCUCAUUCUGGAAGACGAUGUUGACUGGGACAUCGCUCUGCGGAAUCAGAUGAUGAACAUCUCAACGGCGGUGCGUAACCUGACCAGGGCCCCGGAAACGGACCGGUCGCCGUAUAGUCUUGAAUGGGACGUCCUCUGGCUCGGCCACUGUGGGGAACGGUGGGAUGAGUCGAUCGAGACGAUCGUAUUCAACGACACCCAUGUAUGCCCGCAUGAGGAUUACCGGGGCUUCUGGCCUGAUGAGAUUGCACUCCUCCCUGAUCUGAAGCGGACGGUAUACCGGUCAAACAGCCCAGUGUGUACGUUUGCGUACGCGGUCACGCACAAGGGCGCCAGGAGGAUCCUGGAGAGUCUGGGGGCUGGACAAGGAGAGGCGUUUGAUGUCCAGCUGCAGAUUGAAUGUCACAGUCAGCGCCUUACUUGCGUCUCGGUCGUACCGGAAGUCUUCCAUCAGUACUUCCCUCCUGCCCAGUUCGGCGUGAAGAGCGAUGUGGAUAUUGGUAAUAACAAGGGCGACGGGCCUGUCGAGGAAACUUUUGAAUCUGUCAUGGGCUCAACAGAGAACAUCCUACAUAGCGCUCGGUGUCGGGCGCUAUGGGGCAGUGACUCUUACUCCGUAUUGGAUCUACUCUGGAGUAUAUCAGCAAUAUCGAAGAGAUCUGGCUAUGAUGUCGAGCGGCGAUCUAUAACAAUUCGAUAUUGGGUUAUAACGCUGCCCAAGAAGGAUUCCAGUGAGAUGCCCAUCUUGCCCACUCGGACGACUUGUAUGAUGUCUUUCGAGCUCUUUCGACCCUCUAACCUGGCUUUGCUUUUCGCGAAUGUCUUUUCUCGGCCUCAGCCACAGAAAUUCGUCGUUCCAGCUUGCCGAAAUGAGAAUGCCACCGCUGUCACCCAGUACACGUCCGGCCGCGAUGGCUUCGACGCUCCCAAGGUUCACCCCAUCAACGCGACCACUUAUGACUGGUGGUGGUUUGAUGCCAUCCAGCAGCCGGUUCCCACGGAGGAUGGCGGGCAGUCCCAGGCUCAUAUCGUCAUCACCUUCUACAAUCUCGGCUCGGAGGUCUUGACAGAGCAGUUUCCCAAACGGCUUGCCGAGUGGUGA